UCAAUCAGCCGCGACUCGGAUUCGGCCCACUUGUUCACUUGUCGCCUUUUUCUCGCCUCCUCCACUUUCAGCGAAAAAGAAAAUGGAUUUUUGGGGUUUCUUUUUUUUGCUUUCUUUUGCCAUGACAUGCUGCAGAGUGUCUGGCUUAUGUCACACGCGGUGCUGACAGAAGAAUCUCUUUUGCUGUUGGAACACUCGAGUGGAAUCGACGCCCCAGUUGUGACAUUAUCAUCAGAAUUAUUGCAUUUCUGCGAAAACAGCAAGGCCUGAAGUUUGUGCAGCUGUCACAUAAAGUGGAGUAAAAACGUGAAAAGGCUCCAGAAAUGGACGCGCGCAGGCUGCCCAGAUGCCGCUGGGUGCCGGUGACCGGGCUCGCGAUCUGUCUGCUCCUGUGCGCCUGCGGAGUGGACCUGGUGCUGGCGCAGAUCCGCUACUCCAUCCCGGAGGAGCUGGAGCACGGAGCUUUCGUGGGCAACAUCGCCGAGGAUCUGGGCUUGGAUGUGGCCAAAUUGUCCGCGCGUCGCUUCCGAAUCGUGUCCGGAGCCAAGAAGCAAUAUCUGGAAGUCAACUUGGAGAACGGCAUUUUGUUCGUGAACGAAAAGAUCGACAGAGAGGAGCUCUGUGAGCGCAGCCCGAGCUGUUUUUUGCACCUCCAAGUUGUCAUCGAAAACCCUUUAGAGCUGUACAGAGUUGAGGUGGAGAUUUUAGACGUCAACGACAACUCGCCCAGCUUCCCGUGGAGCGAAUUCAACGUCGACAUCACGGAGUCGGCUGCGCCCGGCUCCUGCUUUCCGCUGGAGAGCGCGCAAGACCUGGACGUGGGCAGCAAUUCUCUGCGCUCUUACCAGCUGGGCGCAAACGAGCACUUCCUUCUCAACGUUCAGACGCGCAACGACGGGAGCAAGUUCGCCGAGCUGGUGCUCGACAACCCACUGGACCGGGAGCGGCAGAGUAAGCACGAGAUGGUUCUGAGCGCAUUUGACGGGGGGUCACCGGAACGCUCCGGAACCGCCGUGAUCACCGUCACGGUGCUGGACGCCAACGACAACGUCCCCGUCUUCGAUCGCUCCGUGUACCGGGCCAGACUGGUGGAGAACGCGCCCAGGGGGACGCCGGUGCUCAAACUGAACGCCACCGACGAAGACGAGGGCUCCAACGGGGAGGUGACCUACGCCUUCAGCGGACACGCGCCUCUGAAAGUGCGCGAGCUGUUCACCGUGGACCCGUACACGGGGGAGAUCCGCGUCAAGGGCGUCGUGGACUACGAGAAAGCGAACGUGUACGAGCUUUACGUGCAGGCGAGGGACAGGGGCCCCUCGGCCGUGGCCGUGCACAGCAAAGUGCUGGUGGACAUCGUGGACGUGAACGACAACAGCCCCGAAGUCAUCCUCACGUCCGUGUCCACGCCGGUGCAGGAGGACGCGCCGCCGGGCACCGUCAUAGCCGUUAUCAGUGUCAUGGACCGGGAUUCGGCAGAGAACGGCAACGUGGACUGCCAAAUCCCCGGCAACGUCCCCUUCCAGCUGCACACCUCCUUCAAGAACUACUACACGCUGGUGACGAGCGAGCUGCUGGACCGGGAAGCGCUGGCCGAGUACAACAUCACGCUGACGGCGCGCGACUUGGGCUCGCCGUCGCUGUCCACGAGGAAAACCAUCCUGGUGCAAGUGUCUGACGUGAAUGACAACCCGCCGCGGUUUUCGCAGCCGUCCUACAGCGUCUACGUGACCGAGAAUAACGCCCCGGGCGCUUCCAUUUGCACCGUGACUGCCUUCGACCCCGACUCCAACCAGAACGCUUAUCUGUCUUAUUCGAUCGUCGAGGGUCUAAUCCAGGGCAUGCCCGUGUCCACGUACGUGUCCGUCAACUCGGACAACGGCAACAUUUACGCCCUGCGAUCCUUCGAUUACGAGCAACUUCGCAACUUUCAAAUUGUGGUGCGAGCUCAGGACGCGGGUUUCCCCCCGCUGGCCAGCAACGUGACCGUCAACGUUUUUGUUUUGGAUCAGAACGACAACGCGCCGAUCAUCGUGUCCCCGCUGCCUAGAAACGGCAGCGUGGCCACGGAGGUGGUGCCGCGCUCCGUGGAUGCCGGUUACCUAGUCGGCAAAGUCACGGCGCUGGACGCCGACGCGGGGCAGAACUCGCGGCUGUCCUACCAGGUGACGCAGGCCACUGAUCCCGGGCUGUUCAGCGUGGCGCUCUACACGGGGGAAAUCAGGAGUUUACGCCGACUCGUGGACAAAGACGCGUCCAGACAUAGACUGGUGAUUCUGGUGAAGGACAACGGGCAGCCGCCGCUGUCCGCCACCGUCUCGGUGGUCCUCACGGUGGUGGACGGCGUGCCCGAGUCCUUAUCCGACUAUGGGGACCUGACGCUCAGCCCCCAGCCCCCCUCCAACCUCGCCCUCUACCUCAUCGUGUCUCUCAGCACCGUAUCGCUCAUCUUCCUCGUGGCUAUCAUCGUCCUGGCCGCGGUCAAGUGCUACAAGGACCGGGAGACCCCGAGUGGCUACAACCUGCCCCCCUUGGCGCGCUGCUGCUGCGGCGGCUUCCAGCCCGAGCCUCCCCCGGACGUCUUCAAAAAAUCCAACCUCAACCUGCAGAUUUCCUCCACGGCCAACAAAGUGCCCACCAACUGCGUGGAGGUCAGCGGCAGCGGCGGCCUGACUCAGCCUUAUUGCUAUAAAGUCUGCUUGAGCCCGGAGUCGUCCAAAAGCGACUUCAUGUUCCUGAAGCCGUGCAGCCCCGGGAGCGCGCCGCGCAACAACGAGGCCAAGGGCGCCGAGCACCCGUGGAGCGCGUCUGUCAACAACGGAGCCAACACCCCCAAUGAGCUGAAGCAGCCAAACACAGAUUGGACCCUCACAAAGAACCAGAAUUCGUCUAUCAAAAGUUACAAUUCCAUCAACAUGGAUGGGACGCUAAUGCGCAAGGCCAUGCACGCCGACCCGGAAAACUACGUCACGUCCAUGGCGCCGGGACAGUACUGGACGUGGGGGACUCGCGUGAGGGCCGCGAAAGACUAUAAGAUGUCCCCGUCACCCGGCGGCGGCGUUGUUCCCUCCCGGCCGUGGACUCCUCGGUGCACCCCUCCGCCCCUGCGGCAACCUACGAACCCCCCGCCCCCGCCCCCGCCCCCCGACUACCACCACAACGUGUACAUCCCCGGGACGCCGUCGGGCUUCUGCACCCUGAGGCCCGCGGCGCAGCAGCGCAGCGACUUGGACGUGCGCAACUCUUUCUCCACCUUCGGCAAGAAGCGGCGGCUCCAGAUGUCGCCCCAGGGGGAGGCCGCCGUCAUCAAUAACGACCUGUACAACGAUUGACGUCCCGCCCGACGUGAGGCGCGUUCGCGUUCGUCGGCCAAAUGAAGACGCGGUCGGCUCGAAAUAGGAGCCCUCAAUGCCAGGUCAGGAAAAGGAGAAAUCGUGAAGGUCGUGGAUUUACGUGAUUAUUUAUGUGACGACGUGUCUCAGUGGCUUUUUUUUUUUUUUUUCCCCAACUACUCUUAUUAUUCAUUUUUAGACAAUCAGGAGGUGCAAGUGUGACUUACAAAAUAGAUUAUGAUAGGCAUCAGUAGGCAAUAGUGUUGCACAUCUCGAAGUAUGAAUUCAUAUUGUCGGGGUUUGAGUAUAUCAAAAGUCAUUUUUUGAUGUUCAUCUGCUAACGUGACAAAUGUGCAGGCCACGACGUGGAAGAAGAGAGAAACGCUCCUCACACGUGUACUGUAAAUACAUUUAGUGGAAAUAAAGUAUUUUUUUGCAUUACAUUUCUUCCCUACAGGACCAUCACCCGGAGAAGGUGGUCUUACGUGGUCGGAACCCGCCCGGACUGAAAUGCGGAUGUGGCAAAAUCGGUCUGCAGGCCGGGCGCAGAUGUUGGUGGCGGUUUAAUUUACUGGAGUCGAUUAUUUGCAGGGUGAAAAAAGCCUCGCACGAUCUUUUCGCCUUGCUAAGCUGUUUUCCGGCCAGGCGAAUAAAUACGCUAACGUAUGCUAAUUGGCGGCGCUUGCAGCUUGCA